AUGGCGCGGGCUGAGCGCCGGGAACUGCCGCCGGCAGCCCGGCAGCACGGCCCAAACCGAGUCUCUCGUUCGCGCCUCCGAGUCUCGCUGCCGCGCUCGACCGGAGUCCGGGCACGAGUGAUGCUGGGCUCUGCCGCGCCCCGGGUUCUGCAGGGAGGCUCCGUCUCCUCCUCAGAUCCCGCUGUUAUGGAAAAUCCCCCCCAGAGCCCUAAUGGGAGCCUGAAGUCCCCCCCAUCCAAGGAGCUGCUGACCAGCAACACAGCCAGCACGCUGUGCAUCAGCUCCCGCAGCGAGUCUGUCUGGACCAAUACCUCCAGGAGCAAGUGGGACAUCUACCACAAGCCCAUCAUCGUCAUGUCCGUCGGAGCUGCCAUCUUCCUCUUCGGAACAGUCAUUACCACCUUGUCGUGCUUUGAAAUCAAGAACAGGAAUGUGUACAAAAUGUGUGGCCCCGCGUUCCUGUCCAUGGGACUGAUGCUCCUUGUCUGCGGCCUCGUCUGGAUCCCCAUCAUCCGCAAGAAGCAGAAGCAGAGGCAGAAGUCACACUUCCUGCAGAGCCUCAGGUCCUUCUUCUUCAACCGCUGA